UUUAGAUAUUUUGGUCACAUUGUACAAGCCGUCGCGCAAGAAUUGAGGAAAAGGCACAAACAAAAUUGCAAAAUUAAAGCCUUAGCAAGAGACAUUAUCUGACGUGGACACGGGAAACGAAUGGCCAGUCGUGGGGCCGCCGCCACUGCCGUCCACGCCUCCCAGGUGACAGUAACCUCAUCGUUAUCUGGAAGUGGAGUGGUAGAGUCCAUCACCAGCGUGCUGACAGUUUCAUCAAUUCACGGAAACAGCAUCAACAGCAGCACCACGGUGGUGGCAUCGGGGACAACUGCUCCUGCUGGUGGCGGGGCAGAAUCUACUCUAGGAGAUGGAGGCGUGGUUGUGGCGGAAACGGACGUCAACAAGCCGAUCUAUCCGCGGUUGUUCAACAAGAUUGUGCUGACGCUGGAGAAUAGCCUUAUACCCGAGACCAAGAUCGAUGUGACACCCUCGAGUCAGGAUGGCCUGGACCACGAAACGGAGAAGGACUUGCGCAUCCUCGGAUGCGAGCUUAUACAAACGGCGGGUAUUCUGCUGCGCUUGCCACAGGUGGCCAUGGCCACCGGCCAGGUGCUCUUCCAGCGCUUCUUCUACUCCAAGAGCUUUGUGCGUCACAACAUGGAGACCGUGGCCAUGAGCUGCGUGUGCCUGGCCUCCAAGAUCGAAGAAGCACCCAGGCGUAUUCGGGAUGUGAUAAAUGUUUUCCACCACAUCAAGCAAGUGCGAGCGCAAAAGGAAAUUUCACCAAUGGUACUUGACCCGUACUACACAAGCCUCAAGAUGCAGGUGAUCAAGGCGGAGCGGAGAGUACUUAAGGAAUUGGGCUUCUGUGUGCAUGUGAAGCAUCCGCACAAGCUAAUCGUGAUGUACCUGCAAGUGCUUCAGUAUGAAAAGCAUGAAAAGCUGAUGCAGCUCUCCUGGAAUUUCAUGAACGAUUCACUGCGAACGGAUGUCUUUAUGCGCUACACUCCUGAGGCAAUAGCCUGUGCCUGCAUCUAUUUAAGUGCCCGUAAGCUCAACAUCCCACUACCCAACACACCGCCAUGGUUUGGCAUCUUUCGUGUACCGAUGGCGGACAUAACAGACAUUUGCUACCGCGUGAUGGAGCUAUACACAAGGCCCAAGCCAGUCGUAGAGAAACUGGAGGCUGCUGUGGAUGAGUUGAAGAAACGCUACAUGGAUGCACGAAAUAAAACCAAGGAGGCGAACACAUCGCCGGCCGUAAUCACGGUGGAUCGGAACAAUGGCUCGCACAACGCUUGGGGCGGCUUUAUCCAAAGGGCCGUGCCGCUGCCGUUGCCAUCAGAGAAGUCGCCGGAGAAGGAUUCUCGAUCGCGGUCUCGCUCCCGAACGCGCACCCAAUCAAGAACGCCUCGAUCCCGUUCGCCACGUUCCCGGUCGCCGAGUCGAGAACGCACGAAGAAGUCCCACCGUAGCCACCGAUCCUCGCGCUCCCGUUCACGCACUCCGGCCAAGCACAAAAAGAAGUCCUCGCGCCACUACUCGCGGUCGCCCUCGCGCUCUGCCUCGCCCCACAGCAAGCACCGCAAAAGUGGAAAACCUUUUAGAAAAUCCUCCCGAGACCGUUCCGAUUACUAUUCCAAGAAGGAUCGCUCCGGCAAUGCAGGCAGCAGCAGCAACAAUGUGGGGGGCAGUGACGGUGACAAGUAUCGCAACUCGGGAAAGCACAGUCGUUACUCGUCGUCGUCGCACCGCAGCAGCGGCGGUGGUGGAGGCAGUGGCAGCCAUGGGAGUCGCGGUGGCCACAAGCAUAGAGACGGCGAACGUUCCAGGGACCGAAAACGCUAGCAACGAGAAUACAUACACACUCCUUGAUUUGUAAUUGAACUUUAUUUUACAGAUUUUUGCGCAGGAUAUAUAAUUUUUUCAUUGAACCGAUUCGUAUCCUGGGUGCUAGUUCGAUUUAAUAAUUUUAAUUGUAAUGAACUCUCUCGGGUAAAUAAUAAAUGGAACUCCUCAAUCAA